AAAUCCCCGAAAUAUUUUUCAGAAGUCCCUUUUCCGUAAACAAUUUGUCAACACUUGCAGUUGGUAACUGCACGGGGUUACUAUUCUGAUGUAUUUUAUAGUAUUGUUCACUUUAGCUUUUUUAUCGACAUGUUGUUUUGUCAAAAAUGAUGAUGAUCAGGACCAUUGUGAUCUGUUUAGGCAGUGGCUUGAAUCCUCCACGGUGUCCACGGAGCUUGGCAAGAGGGGUUUUCACAGGGAGCUGACAACCACUGUUGAGCUCAGACCUAAUGUACUCCAUGAUAUCAGUGUUUUGCUGCUGUACAGAUGGCCAAAUGGUGUUUACGUUGAUCCGUAUCAACUGGCCUCACUGAGUGCUCAUAAUGACUGGCAGAUAUUACUAGAUUCUUCCAUUGAUUUAGAGGUGCCAGCUCACAAGACUUUAGGAUUUCUUUCCUAUGUGUAUCUCUCCAAUGCUGGAUCAACAUCAAGUCUCCUCAAAGCAACAAUUCCAGUACAUGGCCGCUAUCAUGAACCUUCUCUUGCUGGGGAAACAUUCACAACUGUUCACAUCAAACCUCCUGACAUGCUGCUGAGGACUGGAAAAUGCCUCGACAGAUUGGAGUCUUAUGCAGUGGUGGAUGCUCCGUGCACCGUCAGCAACUCCAGCAUGUGUCCAUGGGUUAAAAUUAAUCGACAACAGGAAGAGGGGAUCAUCAUUUUCCAGGUUCCAGUUGGUGAUGGGUCAGUUGUGAUGCCUGUCUGCGUAGGAACUCUUCUAGUCACAAUAGUCUGCUGUGUGGCACUGUCGAAGUACAUGUUAAAAUAUCAAAUCAUUUAAAUUGCUACAGUUAAACUGAUAUGAUCUAAACAGUACUUGUUUAUUAGCUUAUAUUAUGUCUCUCACAGCUAAAAGGGAUUAUGUAAAUUCAUAUUGAAUUUGCUAAGAUAUUGGAACUAUAUUAUUAUAAUAUUUUCAAAUUUGUGUGCAAAUGCUGUUGUGAGAUUGUUGUUGGAAGAAAAUCAUCUUAAAUGUAUGAAAUCAGAGUAUUUUUCAUAAAUAAAGUAUGUAACUUCA